AUGAAUUCAUUUCCAUUGAAUGACGAACACAUUGAUGGACCUGCCCCUGUUACUAAUGAUGUUGUCAUGGCUGAAAUAAAUCAUGCUUUUGAUAUUCAAGAUAGGCUAGAGCUGGAUGCUAUUGAUAAACCAACAAAUAAACAUCAACGAAGGUUCACCUCAAAAAUGAAUUCAUUUCCAUUGAAUGACGAACACAUUGAUGGACCUGCCCCUGUUACUAAUGAUGUUGUCAUGGCUGAAAUAAAUCAUGCUUUUGAUAUUCAAGAUAGGCUAGAGCUGGAUGCUAUUGAUAAACCAACAAAUAAACAUCAACGAAGGUUCACCUCAAAAAUGAAUUCAUUUCCAUUGAAUGACGAACACAUUGAUGGACCUGCCCCUGUUACUAAUGAUGUUGUCAUGGCUGAAAUAAAUCAUGCUUUUGAUAUUCAAGAUAGGCUAGAGCUGGAUGCUAUUGAUAAACCAACAAAUAAACAUCAACGAAGGUUCACCUCAAAAGUAUGGAGAAACUAUACUUUUCUUAAAGAACCAAGUCCAGAAGGAUUGCUGAGAUACGAAUGCAAGAAAUGUAAGCAAGUUUAUAAUGUUGAUAGUAAGCACAGCACUGAAAAUUUCAAGUGA